AUGUCUUCAUCAUCACCGCCUAUUUGUUUUUGGUCACUUUUAUCAAUAAAAACUUUAUGUUUUGUUUAUAUUUCACCUUGGCUUUCUAAAGCCCUUGGUUCUGAACAAAACUUAUUACUUGGAACUUCAUUUUUCGAUUAUUUCCAUCCUGAAGAACAAGCAUUGGCAAGACGCGACUUGUCAGAAUUUGUUAAAAAGAAAUCUUUAACUUGUUCGAUUACAAGAUGUCAAUAUAAUAAUGUUUCAUCAAUGCGACGAAAAUUACAACAAUCAUCAAUAAUGAAUUCACCACAAAGUCCACCACAAAAUUCUUUUAAAAAUGUUUCUUCAAUAUCAACGACAAUAAGUAAUGAUUAUGAAAUAAUGAAUGUUGGAAUGUAUGUUGUUAGUCAUGAUAUAGUACUGGCAUGUUUUAAUUCAGAUCUUUUAUAUAAUAGUGGUGAAUCCGAAUUCACCAAAGAGGAGUUGAAUAAAUUAUUCACCUUUUUGCACAAACAUUCACUAACUGAGAGAAUACCACAAGAAAUAUUUCUUGAAGAACCUAAUAGAAUAUUUCAAAUAUUGGAUACCAAUUCAAAAGAUUUACUUUUCACUUGGCCUGAUCCAACCAUUCCCGGUAGUCAUAAAGUCUUAGAUGUGUCUUAUAAUAAAGAGGAUUUUUCAAGACUCCUUCUAGAAGAUAAUAUUACAAAUUGUUUGCAAUCAGUUCAUGACAAACGGGUGUUAUUAUUAAAAUCAGGAAAAUAUAGUCAAGUAGAAAGUGUAAUAAUUCCAUAUGGCGAUAUUAUAUUUGCUUGUUUCCAAAUAUUACCAUCAUCAUCAUCAGUAGUUUCAAUUUCUUUGGGUGGACCUUCAAUAAUCAGACCAAAAGCGAAAUCAGCUCCAUGUUCACCAGCCACCAAUAUUUGUAUUUCUACAAAACGAUUAAGAUCUCCUGGCGAGGUUAAUAACAUUAGAUAUUUUCCUAGUCUUACUAAUGAAUUCAAUCUUGAUCAAAGAUCAAGUAAACGUCAACGUCAUCAACUUAUUGAUAUACCAAAUAAAAAAGAAUUAGAAUUUGUACCUCUUUUGCCACCAAAAACGUAUCAACAACUUCAGUAUCCACCUUCUAUUCCUCCACCUACACCAUCGCUAUUACUUACACAACCAAAAGAACAACCUCAUCAACAAAAUAUAAAUGCUAAUGCGGCUCACGGAAAGAAAUGUGAAAGUUGUCAUACAAGCUCUAGCCCUGAAUGGAGAAGAGGACCCACUGGUCAUAAAACAUUGUGCAAUGCAUGUGGUUUAAGAUAUUCUAGAACACUUGCCCGGGAGAAUCGUAAACGGGAACAACAGCAACGUGAACAGGAACAACGUUUUCGUGAACAACGAGAACGGGACGAAAGGGCUCGAGAAAAAGCAGAAGCCCUGAUGAUGCAAAGGAUCAUUGAGCCUUAUAAUCAAUACAACAAUUUAAGAGUUCUAUUAACGAAGGAGAUUACCCAUAUCAAUUACAACGUCCACCUCAACAAAUCUAUCAUGAUAGAUCAAACUGGUCGAUUUGCUUCCGCUGCAAUGAAUAAUGUGAUGAAUAAUAUGCCUCCACCUCCAAAUACUUAUCCUAAGGCUUAUUACGGACGUGCUCAGUAA